CUUGGAUGCUACCAGCAGGGAUGCUCCAGCCACCAUGAUGUUGGUCCGACAAAAAAGCAACACCUCAACCAUGUCUAUCACGCGAAAUUCUCGAAUCCAUCAUGUGAACUAAAUACCGCACGACUCGCGGUAUCUCUUAAUUUUCCUCUGCUCAAAUUCCCUUUUGUAGGAGUCUUUGUAGUGUCGAAUUGCCUCGCAUCGCGCCUAGCCACAAUGGAAGACCUCUCCUCAUCACCUGCGAAAUCGAAUCUGCAUCGUAUACCCUCGCUCAAAGCGUUUCUUCCGCUCAACGCUGAGACGACGGCGAUUUCUACGAGGGGACAAAAUCUGCCGGCGCUUCUUCAUAACCAAUCUUCGAGUUCGGCACUCACGCGUCGGCCAUCCACCAUUCGGAGCGAGCGCCGGAAUAGCAUGACGGAUGACGAAGAUCUGGAGGCGGGCCGACCACAUGGGCUGAUGAUGCCCUGGGGAGGAAAGGAUAGGGAUGAUAGGAGGAUGAGUGUGGGUGCGCAGAUUCUCAAUACACCGCAAAUGAGGAGUCAGAGGUUGAUUGGGAACUCGAAUCCAAGGUACCAGUGGGAGCGGUAUUUCAAGUCAGAAGAGGAUUUGAAACAGAUGAAGAGGUCAAUACGGAAGUACUACGAGCGCAACAACUACCUCGUACAGCACUAUAUGUACAUCGAUCGCCUUCUGGACUCGUCCCUACCCCACAACCUCAUCCAGGAAUACAGCAACUCUGGGCAACUAAACAUACCCUCAACCAUCACUGAGGAAUCGGGCUUGAGCGGGACAUCUCCUGGUGUCCCUUCUCCAGGCAUAAACAGCACAAAUAGCGAUCCGCCUUCUACCGGCACAACUCAGAGUAGCAACGGCUCCCAAGUCAAGCUCAAACGAACCCCAAAGAAUCUGUACAAAGUCCCGGAUGAGGAAACGCCUUUGCUCACGAUCGAAAGCGAUGACCCCGAGUCCCCCAAGAGAGUCAUGCCGGAAUGGGAGCCAGAUGAAGAGCAAGAUAGCAACAGCCCUAUUGUCCAGCUGGCCAUCUAUGUCAACAUGGCUGCUAACACGGCCCUUCUGAUCAUGAAAAUCAUCGUGGCGGUACUUACUUCCUCGCUAUCAGUAAUCGCUAGUUUGGUAGACGCAGCGUUGGACUUUCUCAGCACUGGGAUUGUAUGGACAACCGCAUACUUCAUCUCGAGAACUGACCAAUACGCGUAUCCAGUGGGAAGGAGGAGGCUUGAACCUAUCGGGGUGUUGGUUUUCUCAAUCAUCAUGGUUACAUCGUUCUUCCAGGUCGCGAUAGAAGGCUUCUCCCGCCUCACAGGCGACAACCAUACCAUCGUCCAACUAACCAUCCCCGCCAUCGCCAUCAUGGCUGGAACCGUCGUAAUAAAAUUUGUUUGCUGGCUCUGGUGCCGACUUAUCCGAAACUCAAGUGUACAGGCACUCGCUCAAGAUGCUAUGACAGAUGUCGUAUUCAACAUCUUCAGUAUAAUCUUCCCGCUAGUCGGGUACUAUGCCCGUAUAUGGUGGCUAGACCCCCUCGGCGGCCUCCUCCUCUCAAUCUUCGUAAUAACAAACUGGUCGUCCACAUCCGCCACGCACAUCCGGAACCUCACCGGUGCCGCCUGUUCCGCAGAUGAACGCAACAUCCUUCUCUAUCUCACGAUGCGGUUCGCGAAAACCAUCAAGCAAAUCCAAGGAAUACAAGCGUACCACGCCGGCGACAAACUCAACGUUGAGGUCGAUGUUGUACUGGAUGAAGGGACGAGCCUUAGGGAUAGCCAUGAUCUGGGGGAAAGUUUGCAGUAUGUGCUUGAGAGUGUGCCGUAUGUAGAUCGCGCGUUUGUGCAUCUAGAUUAUACGGGGUAUAAUUUGCCGAGUCAUAUGCAGCAGCAGGAGUAGGGGGGGUGGGGAAAGUGGAGCGAAGGAGGUAGGAUGAGAUGUUAUAUGACAUGUAUGAGGAGCGACGGUAUAGGAUAGCGCGGGAUGAGGGAUGAGAUGGGAAUUGCAAAUGUUAGGAAGAGGGAAUGAAAAGCAUGACAAGCGUGAUACCCAGUUAUUGCAUCCUACGGAAAGGAAAAAGAAAAGAAACAUGUAUGUAGAUGAAGACGUGUACGAUUAGUGUAGAGAGAUAAAGCGAAAGGGAUACGGAGAUUAGAGAGGUCGACCACCGAGCAACGAAGAAUGCAUUCAUUGAUUUUCUUCGCCCCGAGAAAUGCGUGG